CGUUUAAUACGCAUGCGUACACUCCGGAAGCCACGAAUCACAAAACCCCAGAAUGGACUAUUUUCGAAAAUAUUUAGGUCCUUCACAGGGCGGUGUACAACCCACUGGAGCGGAUACUGUUGAAAGAUUGGUGGACAGGGUUCAAUCUUCAACAUUACUGGAUGAUAGAAGAGAUGCAGUCAGAGCACUUAAAGCAAUGUCUAAGAAAUUUCGACUGGAGGUUGGUACACAAGCAAUGGAAAUACUCAUAAAAACACUGGAAGCUGACAGAAGUGAUGCAGAGAUUACAGGUUAUGCCUUAGAUGCCUUAUGUAACAUCAUGUCCAAUGAACCAUCAGAAGAAGAUGACGAGACACCAAUUCAAGUACAAACUGAUCUUGGUCUUCAGUUCACAGAAAUAUUUACAAAGACUCCCAGUAAUAUAUCUCUACUAUUAUCUAUGCUAGAGGAAUAUGAUUUCCAUGUGAGAUGGCCAACUGUUAAACUACUUACGACGUUACUAACAAACAGAUGUAAAGAACUACAAGAAUGUAUCCUAGUUAGUCCUAUGGGUGUAUCUAAACUGAUGGAUCUGUUAUCAGAUAGUAGAGAAAUUAUUAGAAAUGAUGCCUUAUUACUACUAAUCCAGUUAACCAGGAACAAUGGAAAUAUACAGAAGAUAGUAGCUUUUGAGAAUGCUUUUGAAAGAUUGUUUAGUAUUGUUGAUGAAGAAGGAAACAGUGAUGGAGGUAUAAUUGUAGAGGAUUGUUUGUUAUUGUUGACCAACUUACUAAAGGGUAACAUAUCUAAUCAGAAUUUCUUCAGGGAGAGUAGUUUUAUACAGAGAUUGACACCAUUCUUUGAUAUGGAUUCUGAGGCUCAGAGAUCUCAAGCAGGAUGGUCAGCACAGAAAGUUACCAAUAUACAUCUUAUGCUAGGGCUAGUCAGAAACCUAGUCUCACCAAACAAUCCUCAGCAGCAAACAGCAGCCUGUCAAAGAGUUAUGUUUCAGUGUGGUUUAUUAAUGAAAUUAUGUACAAUUCUUAUGGCAAGUGGAGUUCCAGCAGAUGUACUUACAGAGACAAUAAAUACUGUGUCAGAAGUAAUAAGAGGAAAUUUACAGAACCAGGAAUAUUUUGCUUCAGUUUUAGCACCAUCAACACCACCAAGACCAGCAAUAGUAGUUUUACUGAUGUCCAUGGUUAAUGAGAAACAACCGUUUACCUUGAGAUGUUCUGUUUUAUAUUGUUUCCAAUCUUUCUUGUAUAAGAAUGAAGUUGGUCAAUCACAGAUCAUACAGACACUACUUCCUACAUCAUCUGAUGUAAACACAAUAACUGCUGGUCAAUUGUUGUGUGGAGGAUUGUUCAGUGCUGAUUCCCUUUCCAAUUGGUUUGCAGCUGUAGCUUUACUCCAUGCUAUAGAAGAUAAUCCAACACAAAAGGAACAGUUAUUACGAGUCCAGUUGGCUACUAGUAUAGGGAAUCCACCAAUAUCAUUGUUACAACAAUGUUGUAAUAUUUUAGCGCAGGGAGGUAAGAUGCAGACUCGUGUAGGUUUACUGAUGUUAUUAAGUGCCUGGUUAGCUGAUAGUACUGUAACAGUAGCACAUUUUCUUGCCAGUACAGCCAAUGUACCAUUUCUUAUAACCCAAGUAUCAGCAUCUGACAGUGAUGAACAUGAAUUGUUAGUCCAAGGUUUAUGUGCAUUCCUGCUGGGUAUAUGUUGUCUUUAUAAUGAUGAUCAAAAUGAAACCUUUAGUAGAGCCUCAUUACGACAGAUUAUAGAAAGAAGAAUAGGAUUAGAAACAUUCACAGACAAAUUAACACAAAUACCAAAAUUUGAAAGCUACACAAAAGCAGCUAAGAAACCACACCUUAAUAGUAAACAAGCCAGCGACAUUAUAUUUGAUUAUGAAUUUACUAGUAUAUUUAAAUCCUUGGAAUCUGAUGUGUUGAAAGCAGUGUCAUCAGCAGCUUUCAUGGAAGAAAAUAAGAAGAAAAUGGCAAGCAUGCAGGAACAUGAAAAAGUUGUUAAUCAAUACAAAGAUUUAAUACAGGAACAGGAUCAGCAGUUAAAUGAGACAAGACAGCUUUAUCAAAUUAUUCAACAAAAAUACACCAAUCAAGAAAAAGAAAUGGGAGAAAUGAAAGAUUUAAUUCAACAACUUAAAGAUAAAAAUGCACUUUUAAAAGCUCAAAAAGCACCAAGUCCUGCUGUUGAAGAUGGUAAAAAAGACGAAGAAUUAUGUUCUUUACAACAAGAACUAGAAAAUCUUAGACUAAAUUUAACAGAAAAAGACUCAGCUUUAAAUAGAUUAAAAGAAGAUUUGACAAGAGCUGAAGCACAGAUCAUUACUCAGAACGACACAGAAGAAAAUAAAGAAAAUAAUCCUAGUGAAACAGCAGUUUUAAGUGCUACUGUUAAUAGACUUAAUAUAGAUUUACAAGAAUGUAGACAAAUUAUAACAAAUAAAGACUCAGAAAUUAGUCGAUUACAAGUGCAAUAUAAUGAAGCUGGUAAACAAGUGGAAAAUUUGAAACAAACAGCUGUAGUAAAUAGUCAUUCAGAAGAGGAUACUAGUAGUUUAACAAAGGAAAUAAAUAAGUUAAAAGAGGAAAAAGCACAACUGAUGGAAAGAAUAAAGAAAUCUAAUGAAGAAAAUCUCAAGUCAAUAGAUAAAUAUAAUAAACUAGAAGAAGAGAAGAAGUUAAUAGAAAAUGAUAGGCUAGGAGUAGAAGACGAGUUGGACACACUGAAAAAAGAACAAGAAGAUUUACUAGUUCUCUUAGCAGAUCAAGAUACCAAAAUAGAUAAAUAUAAAACAAAAUUGAAGGAAUUAGGUCAACAGGUGGAAGAUGAUGAUGAUGACGAUGAUCUAGGAGAUGAUUUAGAUGACGAAGACGAAGAAUCAUGAUAGACAAUACCGGUUUGAAAAAGAAUAGCAAUCUAAUUACUGUGAAACCAGUAAGAGUAUGGGGCCAAGAGAGUGUGCAGCUAGAAUUGUAAAAGAUAUCUAUGAUGGAUACUUGUGAACUUGGAAAAUACAAAAUAUUCAAUGAAAUGUACCUAAUACCUGAUUGAUUCUUCACCAAAGUUUAAUAUCUGUAGGUGAAAUUGUAAUUUAUAAACAUACUUUCUAUGAAUGUCCUGGAAAUUGUAGUGCAUAUUCUGUUUAUUGGUGCAAUUUAGAAAAAGAAUAUUUUUUUUGUAAACAAUGACGACAUUUGAGGAAUAUGGUCUUUUAUCUCAAAUGACAAUCUUAUUCAUUAAUUCACGUCAUUAAAUUUAAAGUAACAGUUUUCAAUAGUAUUUAGACUUCCAUGUUAUUCUUUAAAAAGCAUAGUUUAAAAAACUAUUAAAUAUCUAUAUGACUUUACAAGAAUUUAAUUUAGGGCUGUUCCAUAAAAAACAUACAUAGUACCCAGGGAAGGCAUUUUUACAAUGGGGUAACCACCUAUGGAGGUAAAUUUAGAAUUUCAAUUACAUUUCCACUGUACUUGACACCCACCCAUAGUAGAGAUAUCAAAGUGCCUUCCCUGGGUCCCAUGUAUGUUUUUAUGGAACAACCCAAAUUAAAAGUUUAUAUUGAAAUUUGAAUUUUUGAUGGACUAGUGAUAAAAAUAAAUUCAAAAAUAUGAAUGUUAAAUUGAUAAAAAUAUAAUUGUAGUCUAUUCAAAUCAAAUUAUGUUAUAUUUUUUUCCUACCAAAAUAUUGUAUACAAGGUGCUUUCAAUUUUUAUUAGCACUGUCCAUUUAGAAUUUCUUGGGGCCUGUUGAAACCAGUUUCGGUAAAAAAAGAUAUAAGUAUAUCAUUAUAGGAUCUAGGUCAAAAGCCCUCAUUUAAAAUUUCAAAAAUACUAUAAAUUUGAAAUGCUUUUAUCAGGGGGCUAGUAAUGAAUAUUCUUAAAAUAAUUGCUAUUGAAUAUUAAGCAAGCAGCAAUAAAUUUUUUUGGGGAGGGGGAGCUAUCAUACUUUGUGCUGGUUCUAUUUUUAUAUAACCCUUUUGUUAAAUAUAAAAAAAGAGGAAAUGGUUAUUCUUUUUAGUUCCUGAAAAUCUAAUCCAAAAUUAUCAAUUCUAUUGACAACUUGGUUUUCUUCACGAAGGAAUGAUUGUCUUCCAUUUAAUCUAUAUAAAAUUUUCUUCAUAAAGAGCUGAAUUCAGACCAAAACAUUUGAACUAUGAAGGGUCCCCUUUCAAAAACGUUUUUGAUCACCCUGCUCACCAACCAGUAUAACCCUUGCCACUGAAAAAAGAAAAAGGGUAAAAUAAUAAAAACAACAUCUUUUUGCUGGGAUCAGUUCUGUUGGGACUAGAUAGUAAUGGUCUUUUGGUCAUUUUCUUUCGAAAUUAUGUAAGAUGAUGCAGGAAGGCAAUCAAUACGAUCCACAAUCAGAAUUAGUCCAAAAAUAUUUCAAUGAAUAUUUGAGAAAUGUGAUGGUACCUAUUAAGUCUACCCAGUAUCUCAUUUAAUCUGAGUCUACACAGGAUCAUAUUGAACAGAUACCUUUUGUUUUUUUUUUCUUUUAUAAAAUUUUUGCCAGUUUAAACAAAAAUUAGCCAUUGGUAUCUUUGUAAUUUCUUUUAAUAAUUAUUUUUCAAAUUGAAGAGCCAUUUUAGUGAUACAACCUCUUGCUUAGAAUGAAAACAAAAGAAAAAUUGAUGGUUUGGAUUGAUUCAGUAUACAUUUUUAAUUUUUUUCUUUAAAACUAAUUAGAAUUUGCAUAAAUACAGAAUAUGAGUAUGUUAUUUUGAUGAAAAGAAGCUUGAAAAUUAUUAUACAUAUUCCAAUCAUAUUAAUUGCCCAAGAAAAGACAUAGAUAUAUAUAUAUAUAUACAUAAGUACGUCUGAACCAGUGACGACUCUACAACAGAUUUUAUCCAUCGGAUCACCAAUGAUGGUGAUACAAUGCUGAAAACACAUUCUGUAUAUAUAAUUCGUCUAAAUAACAGCCCAACAAUGUUAGAUUUGUAAAUUUGCGUUAGCAAAUCUUUUGUUCUUCCCUGGCCGGGAUUGGAACUCAUGCUACUGAGAUAUCGUGGCACCAAAUCGCCUUGCACUGUGCCGGACGUGCUAGACCUUUCGAUCCUACAAAUUGAUGCAAGAUGCAGUCACAGAAAUAAUUGUUGUAGAGUUGUCACUGGUUCAGACGUACUUAUAAUAUAAUUAUUUCUGUGACUGCAUCUUACAUUAAUUUGUAGGAUCCUUUACAAUAGGUAAUUCAGCUGAUCUGUAACAAUUACAUCUUCAUGCCUUAUAUAUAUCAUGUACUGUGUAACGACGCCAGAUUAAAACUGACGAGGAAAGGUAACACCUGGCCACCGAAAGCUUUAUUAUUGUAGAGCCUAGGUGGUCGAGUGGUCUAGCGCGUUGGGCACAAUGCAAGGCGAUUUGGUGCCACGAUAUCUCAGUAGCAUGAGUUCGAAUCCCCGCCAGGGAAGAACAAAAAAUUUGCUAACACAAAUUUACAGAUCUGACAUUAUUGGGCUGUUAUUUAGACGAAUUAUAUAUAUAUAUAUAUAUAUAUUCCCAUAUCUGAUCUUGCCUUCUUUGGAGAUACAAGCUGUCAUUAAUUUUUUAUCUUGCCUGCAGAUAUUCUCUUUUUUGUGUGUAUUUGUAUAAUGAUUUAUUCCACUUUAUUCCAACUGGCCAACCUAAUGGAAUUAUGUCACAUUUUUUCUGUGUAGAGCAGGAGUAAUUCCUUUUUUAUGGACACAGUAUGUCUGCCAAUAGCUAACAGGGUUUCCAUAAAAAUGUUUAAGACAGUGUAUGAUAAACAUAUCCAAAAUAAAAUGCUUAUUGUGUAAUAGAGCAAGAAUUUUAUUUAUAGAGCUUCCAUGUCAUACCACGCUUUGCAUUUGUUAAUCAUAUAUAAUAGUAAGAGUGUGUGCAAUAAUAUUUUGUUUUCAGUUGUAAUCGGUACACCUUAGUUGAAAGGGCAUAGAUAGAGUUCAUCUGAUCUGUUUAGAAAAUGUUACUUUCGAACAGGAAAAUGUGAUUUAGGAUAUAGCUGUAAACAGUUAUUGAAUAUACACAGAAUUUGUUUUUUUUUUCUGCCCUGUAAAACCAAUACAUCAAAAAGAAAAAAUUUUUAUCAAGGGGAAAAAGGGGAGGGGUGUUAGUACAUAUGAUAAUAUACAUGAUUUCAUUUAAGAGGUCCUAUUUCCUUCCUGUGUAAAAUCAAAACAUCUAAAAUGCCUCUUUUUUCAUGUUUUUUUUUAAAUGACAUCACAUCUUCAUACCAGCAAAUGUAUUACCAAUACAAAAAUUCUCAACAACUGAAAAAGGCUGAAAUGGUAAAGAUUCUGUCAAGUGAUUAAUCUACUUGAUUGAUCAGUUUGAUUAAUUUCCAGUGGCAACUGAAGUUUACCUUGGCAGUACUUUAUAAAUACUGAAUGAUGUAAACCUAUUGAUGGCUUUAUGUGGGGCAAGUUUCAGCUGGACAGACCUUUCAAGAGUUGAACAGAGAUAUAUAUAUUCUUUUUUUAAGUUGAUGUACAGUGUUCAUUAUUGGAGAAGAAUGUAACUUAGUCAAGCAAUUUAUUCAUUGGUAGCGUAUAUUUAAAAAAAUGUUUUAUGUUCCUGCUUUAAUGGUUUUGAACCAAGGAUAAGUUUAUUUAUUUCUAACCUUGUGAAGUACUAAGUUAAUUAGAUAUUUAUAAUCUUUAUUUUCUACAAAAUCUGUGAUAUUUUAUUUUAUUUCUGCUCAAAUGCAAAAAUUUUCAUAGCACUGUUACAGAGUUAUUCUUAGGUCAGAUACUAGUGUAUUUAUAUGUUACAAUGUUCAGUGUCUUUAUUUUCCCAGCGUCAAGAAUUGAAUGUUCUGAAAGUGCAUUUUUAAAAGUUUUUGUCAAAAUAAAACAUCACAUUUUGUGUUUUUUUUUGUAUAGUCUAGUCUUCAUUGUUUAGACAUAUAAAAUAUGUUAGUUAAUUAAACCUUCAUCUGCAUAAAUACAACCAUUGUACAAGAGUAUGUAGUGUUAUUUAAUUUUAUGAGAGACCUUGUUUGUGAGUGUGCAUGAUACUUUUUCAUAUUAUCUAGAGAUUCUAAUGUUAAAGAGAUAUUUUUAUGUUACAUUGGUUGUAUAAAAUUAUACACUUAAUAAAAUGUUAAUGAAUUUUAA